GGAAAAAGCUGCAAGAUUUAAGAGAGACAUUACUUGCACUGAGUCUGUUCAGUUGUAGUUGUGAAAGCAGUCAUGGCCUUGAUGGAAUCUCCAGUGUGUCUGAUCGAAAACACAAACGGGAAGCUUCAGGUGGACCAGGAUGCAAUCAGCUUCCUCAUGGGACUCAGCCAGCCAGUGGUGGUGGUGGCUGUGGUAGGGCUGUACCGCACUGGAAAAUCCUACCUCAUGAACAAGCUGGCUGGGAAGAAGAAUGGGUUUGCCCUGGGAGCCACCAUCCAGUCAAAGACCAAGGGAAUCUGGAUGUGGGCCUUGCCUCAUCCCACCAAACCAGGCCACACUCUGGUGCUGCUGGACACUGAGGGUCUGGGUGAUGUGGAGAAGGGUGAUCAGACAAACAACGCUUGGAUCUUCUCUCUGGCCAUCCUUCUGAGCAGCACUCUGGUCUACAACAGCCGAGGCACUAUUGACUACCAAGCUUUGGAAAAUCUUCAGUAUCCUUUUGUCAAUAGUCCAUCGCCAAUAGGGGACCAAUAUGUCACUGAGUUGACAGAACGGAUCAAGGUCAAGUCCUCUAGUAGUGCUUCUGCUGAGGAGAUUGAAGAUGGAGCAGAUGCCCAGUUUGUGCAGUUCUUCCCCAGUUUUGUGUGGGCAGUUCGGGACUUCACUCUGGAGCUGGAGCUUGAUGGGAGGAAGGUUAAUGAGGACCAAUACCUGGAACAUGCACUGUCUCUCAGGAAAGGUAAGGACAGGAAGACACUGAACUACAACCUCCCCCGGGAAUGUAUCCGCAACUACUUCCCAUCAAGACGGUGCUUUGUGUUUGUGACUCCUGCUUCUCCGGAGAACAUGCCACGUCUGGAGUCCAUGGAUGAGCGCGACCUGAAUCCCUUGUUUCUCAAUGUUACCUCCAGCUUCUGCCACUACAUCGUUGAGGAGAGCUCCGUGAAGACAGUCAAAGGAGGGCUCCCAGUCACUGGAAGGAUGCUUGGCCACUUAGUGAAAACCUACGUGGAGACCAUAGCCAAAGGUGACGUGCCGUGCCUGGAUAAUGCAGUGCUGGCCAUGGUGCAGAUUGAAAACGAGGCAGCGGUGAGAGAUGGCCUGACGGUGUACCAGGAUGGCAUGAAGGACCUAGCUUUUCCUGUGGGCAUUGAUGAGAUAUCCAAGCAGCACAGACAAUGGGACAAUCUGGCCACCAAGGCGUUCAUGAGCCGAUCCUUCAAGGACGAGGAUGGCAAGUAUUUGAAAGACCUGGUGGAGGCUAUCACGAAGCACUAUAGUGCUCUUCUCACAGAAAAUGAGGAGGCAUCUGAGAGGUAUUGCAGGCAGCUGCUGACAGACCUGUCUGCCCCAAUGGCCGGAAAGCUUCAGCAGGGAUUCUACGCUAAGCCAGGUGGCUAUGAGCUCUAUUGUGGUGACCAUGACAACAUAGUGGCCCAGUUCCGCUGCCAGCCCAACAAAGGGGUCAAGGCAGAGGAAGUCCUGGAACAGUUCCUGAAGGAAAAAAGCGUGGAAUCCAACUCCAUCCUUCAGGCUGACAACAAACUCACUGACCAGGAGAAAAAAAUUCACGAGGAGAAAGAGAGAGCCGCCCUGCUGGAGCAAGAGAGAAAAGCGGCGGAGGAGAAACGCCUGGAGAUGGAGAGAACUCUCCAAGAGGAGCGUCAGAGCCAGAAAGAGAAGAUCAGGAUGAUGCAGGAUAAAAUGGAGGAGGAGAUGAAGAAGCAAUGGGAAGAAUCAGAGAGGGCCAUAGAGUGCAAGCUGCUGGAGCAGAGAGAUCUGCUGGAGAAGGGAUUCAAGGAGAAGGCUGACAUCUUGAAUGAGGAGAUCAGAGAGCUUAGAGAGAAGAGCAGUUCUGCUAGUUCUGAGGAGAAGCAGAGAACUGCCAUGCUGGAGCAAGAGAAGAGGAAUGAGACAGAAAGACUGCAACAGGCAGAAAAAAUGCUCAAGGAUCAGGAGGAGUGUCACCAGGAGACCAUGCGUCAGUUAAAGGUAUAG